AUGCAACACGCAAAAAUUCCAAAAGUUAUCAUUAUCGGUACAGGACCAGGAGGACUUGCUCUUUAUCAUGCAUUGAUAAAGAACAAAGAUAAAAAAGAAUUCGAUGUGAAAAUCUUUGAACGGGAUUCCAGUCCUAGAG